AUGGAUAGUUUUAAUGAAAACCUAAGAGAGUCGAACUUCAGUAGUGACAGUCCAACUAUAAUCGAUCAGUACAAAAAAACUUUGGAAAACACUUUACAGAAACAUGCGCCUUUAAAACGAAGAAUUAUUACACUCCGGCCGUCAGCACCAUGGUAUAACGAGGAAAUUGGUAAAGCCUCUGAAAAGACAGCGUGCAGUAGAAGACUCGAGCGUCGUUAG